AGAGAGAGAGAGAGAGAGAGAGAGAGAGAGAGAGAUAAAGAGAGCAGGAGAGAGCGAGCAGACUGAAGCUGAGCAGUGAGUGGGUUGAGCAGCAGGAGUGCGUCUGUCCUCAGAGCUGUGGACGAUCCAGUCUCAAGUGUCACUGGGAGCAGAGGGUCUGCAGGACAAACUGCUUGAAGGGGAGCAAGAAACAGGAUCGGUCCUCUGAGAACUGAGUCCUGAUCACCGGGGACAACAUUUUCUUACUCCAGGAUGAUCCAUCACCUUCCAGACCAACACAGAGCCUGAAGCUGCUCCGGCUCGGCUGAAUAAAUCAUUCCAACUGAAAGAGGAAUAAAGAAGAAGAAGAGGAGGGGGAGGAAAAGGCAGUCUAUCAACAAAAGACGAGAACAACCAAAAAAAGAUCUAAAUUGGCGCCUUUGGGGACUUUUGGAUAUAUUGUUCCCUCAGAAAUUCAGAAGAAAGGAGGAAUAAAGAAGAAAAAGUGACACGAGAAAAGAAGGGAAAAGGUUUCAUUGUCAGAAGAACCAAAUGAGGAUGUUGGCGGCUGAUGCAUCCACUCAGAUUCAAAGAAAAGAAAUAAAGGAAGGAAAUACAGAGAUGAAAAUAAAGAUUGAGUAACAGAGGAAAACUGCAACCACUAGUGUCUGAGUUUGUCACCUUUCCUUUUCCAAAUCCAGAAAAAAAGGAGAAAUAAAGCAGAAAACAAAGAGAUAAAGGAGGAAGUUUUUCUUUCACCCUAAUGAUGAUGAUGAUGUCGUAGACCAACAAGGAAGAAAAGAAAGAACUAAAGAAAGAAAAUCAGCUUGUCAGCUGAUCAAAUCAAGGGAAUAGAGUCUGAGUUAAAUUUUUAUUUUUUGAAGAAUUUAAUAUAUUAUUCUGAAAAAAGAGUGACGAAAACUAAAACAAGCCUGAUUUUGCAGUGUGCUGAUGACUAGGACCGACUGAAAAAGUCAAAGUAAGCUACAGAAACAGGAGUGAAGAGUCAAAAGUGACGGGGAAAAAAGGAUACAGAGGAAUAAAAAUACAUAUCUGGAUAAAAGGGAGGAAAGUAGAGAGGACAAGGAAUUAUAAAGCGGAGGAGAAAAGGAAUAAUCAAAGGGGAAAAAGGCAAAAAGAGAGUGAAGGAUGAACCAAGAGGAAAGGCAAGAGUAAAGAGCAAAACAAGGACAAAUCAAAAGAAUAAGGAGGACAGGGGGACAAAAGUAGAAACAAUUAAUUAAUUAAACAAUUAAUCCAGUUUAAAAGGGUUAAAUCAAGAGCAAAGAACCAGAAGGAGCCAGGUGUGACAAUGAGGCUCCUGGUGCUCCUUGCAGCUCCUCUCUCCAUCCUCAUCCUCCACAUUGCAGUGGCAGCCCCUCCGGCAUUCAGCAUGGCCCCUGGCCGGUUGGAGCGCUGGGUCCGCUCUGGCCUCCAGUCACUGCAGUGGGACCAGCUGGACCGGUGCCUCCGCAUGUCCUCGCUGUCUGAGGCGGAGUGCAGGAGGCUCGCCCACCUGCCUGUGUCCGCUGUGGCCGUUUAUGUAUCAGAGCCACGCACGGCUGCAGGUAAUGCAGACAAAGUUCUGGCCAUCCUGCCGGACUCCUCAGGUGGGACGGUGAGUUCCAAAACACGGGGAGGUUUCAGCGUCAGCCAGGUACUGAAUGGAGGGGAAGCUUCACACAGACACCAGCAGCCUUUCCCGGGCUCCACGGCCCAUGAUGCUGUGCUGGUGCUGGAUCCGAGCCCCGGGGAGAACUUUGGACACCCAGUGGUCCUCUUCUAUGUGGAUGUGAAUGUGACGAAGAAGAGAUGCUCCCACCUGGAUGGCAUUUACCUGGGUGAGGAGUGUUUGACUCUGGCUUUGAAGGGUCGCUGUCAGAACCAGCUGAAGCGUCGGCAGGCUGGGCCAGAGAGGCUUAUUGGUAACGGACACAGUCGGCUGGCAGGUGGGGCGCUGCGUGGUGGGACCAUUACCACCAGCAGUGGUAGCCGUAUUGUGGAGCGGGCCGCUGGGGGGCUCUGUGAAGUCCACUUUCUUCCACUGGUGGUUGGAGUUGGAGACAGCAACCGAACGCAGAGACUCAGAUGUGUUGACCAUGCAGAGUUUGCAAAGUGCCCUCAGCCACUGCCAAUGGGCUCUCCCAGUUUGCCAGUCUCAAGCUGUGAGCUAAAUAAAAACACCAGACGCUGUCACCAGCAGCCGUUGGCCACUCAUCUCUCCUGCCGACUCUACCAGACCUGUGACCACGCUGUGCUCAUCUCAGGUGGCUGGCAGCAGCAGAUGACGUUCCAGCGCCACGUUCAGAAUCUUCAGAAGUUUUACAGAAUGCUGCAGAACAACGGCUUCCACAAAGAUCACAUCAAGACCUUCUUCGCCAGCAGUGGACAGCUUCCUGAAGAUGUAGAGGGUGUGUACUCGGCGACGGAGAAAGCGGUGAUUCGUAACCACGUGUCGUACGUCUGCAGGAAGCAGCACUGCGCCGACACGCUGGUUCUCUACCUGAAUUCGCCAACGCGCAACGACGGCACCAUGCUGCUGUGGGACGCCAACCUCAAUGGCAUUGCUGACCUGAAGGAGCGAUACUCGGUCAACGAGCUGCUGGCCGACCUGGCUGGCUGCAAAGCAACUCGUGUUUUGCUGUUUGUGGAUCAGAGCUACAGUGGCGUUCUGUCCAAGAGGCUGCGAGGCUCCCAGAAACACCUCAACGUGGUUCUGAUCCAGAGCCAUACACGGCAGACUCACAACCACCAGAGGCUGAACCCGGGCUGGGAGGACAGCAGCUGGUCCUACAUCAGCGCCGCUACCUGCCUGCUGGACCACCUGGGAAAGGGUGCUGGGAUGUCUCGCCUCCUGGAGCCGUGGGCCGGCCUUUUAAACGUGACGUUGGCAGGCGCCCCCUGCAAUGCCACGCCGCCUCUGACGGAUGGCGAGAUGCGGCGAGAGUACCAAGGCUGCCAGAACCUGCCGACCGCACUCUGGCACCAGAAACACAGGAGGACCAACUGAGAGAAAGACACUGAGACUGACUGAGGGAGAGAGAGAGAGAGAGAGAGAGAGAGAGAGAGAGAGAGAGAGAAUGAGUGGGAAACAAAUUAAUUAUGGACACACACACAGACCGUACACAAAUGUUUGCAUCACACACACACAUAUUUGCUGGUGUGUGUUAGCUUAGGAAUUUAGUUUCAGUGUGCUUUGUGGACACUGGUGUGUGUGUGUGUGUGUGUGUUUUUUCUGUCCUAACUCAGACAGUAACCAUGGCGAUGACAGCUCAUCCCAACGGGAGUGUCCUGAACACCAUGUGAACUGUGUGUGUGUGUGUGUGUGUGUGUGUGUGUGUGUGUGUGUGUGUGUGUGUGUGUGUUUGUGAGUUCAGCAAGAGGACAACCACUCUCGGAGACCAUUGCUAGCUUACGCUGGGGUCAGUGUGUGUGUGUGUGUGUGUGUGUGUGUGUGCGUGUGUGUACGCCACAUCUCCUGGGCACUGAAACAUCUCAGAGCCAAUCAUCUAUCUCUAUUUUUAUCUUUACAACAGUUAUUUCGUCUCCCUUCUUGUCUUUCUGUCUUUAUUCUGUCCUUUGCUUCACCUUUUGUCAGCUACUCUCCUCCCACCUUACCCCUCUUGAUCUCUUUCUUUAAUUUCUUCCCGUGUUUCUUUUGCUGGCAUUCGAUUGCUUACUCAACUUCUGUCUCCGUCCAUAAUUUUUUUGGCUGUCAGGUUUCUAUUUUCCUUGUUCCGACAGUGUUUGAAAAAGUUGAAUACUGUAAUAAUUUAGUCACAACACAUCAGACCUGACAAACCCUUAAAACACGAGGUGAAGUUACGUGUGUUUAAAAUAUGCGCACAAGAGAACUUAAAUGGUGUACUCACACACAAAAAUCCUAACUCAAGGUCCACUUGUUAGCGUUUACAUGGAUCUCACAGUUAAACGCUCCUGAAUUUAUUUAUUUUUUGUCAAUCGUGUGUUUCUGCGGUCAAAAAUAAACUUUCAGCUUCAGUAUUGACAAUGGUUUUGGUCUCUUGACCCAAACUGCUACUUUAUCUUCUCAAAUCAGUCAGAUGUCUGUUCAGUACAUCCAUAUUUCUAAAAGAAAUUCCCAGAGUCAGCAUUUGGGUCUUCCAUAUUGUGUGUUAUUAUAGUUUAGACCUCUCUUAAAAAAAACCCAAACAGCCUGUUUCAUGACUAUUUACUACCAUUUGUUCAUGGCCUUAUAAUAAGCUAUUUUUUCUACAGACACCAUGUGUUGCCUUGCCUGGAGUCUGCCAUGUUGAACCGCCAUGUUUCUACAGUAGUCCAGAGCUGUCAAACCAAAUGCUGGCUGUAGAUACGGCCUUUCGAAUUUUUACGCUGCCACCGUAGUUUCUUCUACACAGCCUGUACUCAUUUCCAUGUCAUCAAAUACAGACACCGCUAGAUGCCACUACAUCCUGUAUAUUGGUUCUUUAAGUCCUCAAAAUAAAAAUACAACAAAUGGGUUGUGUAGAAGGCUCUGACAAACAACCUAAACGUUCUUAAAGUGACAUUAUGAGCAUGUCCAGCCUGUUCUCAUUCCCAGGGCAGCGAAUACUAAUAUUAUGUCACUACGUCUCCAUACAGAUGCACAAUCCUUUAGUGUCUGUAUGAGACGCACCAGGCUUUAAUCUAACUCUAACCCAUUUGCGUCAGAGUAGUAUGAAGAGCAACGAAAGGAAGUGGUCGGAAGUUGCAUCACAUGCUUUUUUUACACUCAAAACAUGACUAUUUCCCUAAACUUAACCAAGUGGUUGGUGUUGCCUAAUCGACCAUUUCACAUUAACCACAUGUUAAAAAGGUGUCUCAUACAGACACUUCCAAAUUGUAAUCCAGUGUGUAGGAUUUAGUGGCAGCCAAUGGCGUAGUUGCAGAUCACAACUCUAUUGCUUCACCCUCUCAUUCCAACGCAUGAAUAAUGAGAACACUCCUUUAUAUAGCCGGUGUUUGGUUUGUCCCUUCUGGGCUACUGUAGAAUCAUUGUGGUUCAACAUGGUGGGCUCUAUGAAAGGCGGCCCACGGUGACUAUAGAUAAAAAGGCUCAUUCUAAGGUAACAAAAACACAACGAUUAUUAUUUUCAAGUUAUAAUACACAAUUGAAAACAUACCUAUGAAUGUUAUAUUCCAUUUCUGCCAAUAGAUCCUCCUAAAUGUUACACACUGGACCUUUAACCUGGUUAUCUAAACCACAUUUUUGGUAGUGAACAUAAAGGUGAAAAGUUGAUGUUGUGGUUUCUAUUCUAAGAGUCAUACUGUAAUGACCGACAGGUAUGGCCAGACCUCCAGUAAAAUCCAGCUUGUAAAAAUAAAAGAUUUGUACAUUUAUGCAGAGUGGAGUCUGAAGUCAGGAAAUGUAUUUUUAAGAUUUAGAGACGGAGGACGUUUCAGGCUUUUGAACCUGAGGAGGAGGGAAAGAGAGAGCCAGAAUUUGCUCGGCAGUGAUCAUGAUUAAGAUAUGAAGCACUGAGACUGCCCUCACUGCUACACAGACUGGCUAUGGCAUUUUAAUAAGGGCACAACUUGCAAGUGUCUGUGUGUGUGUGUCAGUCACAUAGACAAAAGCAUCACAUGAAACAUGCACAUGUUCUAAUAUUAACCAUCCCCAUGCUAACAAUGUACAUGUUGUCCACUACUGUUGUUGGUAAUUUGUGAUAUCUGUCUGUACGUUACCUCCUGUCCUUUCUUACUGUGAGUAACCACAUAUACCACAGCCCAGUGUACAUCUCGCUGUUUGUACUUUUGUCUGUUGUACUGUGUUUUGCAUUAGAGAUUUGUUUAUUCAAGAGAUGGGAGUUGAUUGGAAGAACAGCUUUCCAAAUGCGUGGGACAUUGUGGAUCAGAAAUGUGUCCAACAGUGUGACAUGUGCAUAUCCUCAGUUUGUGUAAUCAUCUGUACAGCGUGUGAGAUGUAAUUUAGCAGAAAUGUUUAUAGUUGCAUGCAGCAAAUCACAAAAUCUAGUCAAUAAAGUACUUUUAGAAACCAA